AUGGACGACAGGUGGAGGACGUCCAGCCAGGCCUACGGCGCCUUCUGGAAGGCAGUGCCACUGGAGCCCAAGGUCGUUGCGCCGGAGCUGGAGACAUCCCAGGAGGCUGAGGCGGCUCGCCGGCACGCGCGCCUGGAACGUUUGCUCGCAGCGCACGGCCUCGCAGAGCGGCCUGUGGCCGGCGAUGGGAACUGCCAGUUCCGGGCCCUCGCGGACCAACUCUACGGCUCGGAGGAACACCACGACGCCAUCCGAGCGCAGGCUGCUUCGAGCCCUGGGCUUUUGCGGCACAUGGCACCACCAAGGCCCAGGUCGGUCAAGAUUUGUAUCUGA